CGGGGAAGAGAGUUGUUUACAAACAAGUAAUUCUCAGAAAGGAAAAGUGAAAGCGUCGCUGAAACCUGCGGGUUUAGCUUCACGUUAGUUUUCUCACCGUCAUGGAGACUCACAGCAGAUCGUAUUCUGUAAUAUGAAACACUUCGCUGGAUGAUAUUUCUCUUUGAUAGAUAAAGCGGAGCAGGUGCAGUGUGUCUGAAGUUGCACAGAGGUGUUGGCUGUGGGCAGUCUGCAGGACACAUGGCAGAUGAAAGCAACAAGCUGACACUGAGGCGCCUGGAGGCACCGAUCCACAAGUUCAUUAAAGUGGCUCUGCCCACGGACCUGGAGAGGCUGCAGAAACACCACAAUAACAUACUGAAGUACCAACACAGCCAGCAAUGGGACCGCCUUCACCAGGAGCACAUCAACGCCAGCAGAACUGUUCAGCAGCUGAGAGCGAACAUCAGAGAGAUGGAGAAGCUGUGUUCUCGGGUCCGUGUGGAAGACGCUCACGCUCUGGAAGCGCUCGUGAAGCCGGUCAGGGACAGAGCAUCAGCCGCCACAUACGACUUCUUGCUUCUGCACUCUAACCCCGUGCCCCAGCCGGCACCCCCUCCAUCACCUGCGUCUGCCAGCAGCUUCCACCAUGACGACGAUGUGGGCGAGGCGUCGAUGUCUGGCGGCUGGCAAAUACAGCUGCAGCUUCCAGAGAUUCCUGCCGAUCAGAGUGCGGCUGAGUCCUGGGACAACCUGGAAGAGGAUCUGAAGGAGCUGAGUGGUCUGGUGACAGAGUUCAGUCUUCUUGUCCAUUCCCAGCAGGAGACGAUUGACAGCAUAGAGGACAACGUCAACACAGCCGCUGCCAACGUGGUGGAGGGGACCAAGAGCCUGGGGAAGGCAGUGGGCUACAAGAUGGCGUUGCUGCCAGUAGCCGGGGCGCUGCUGGGCGGUGCGCUGGGAGGACCACUGGGGCUGCUGGUGGGGUUAAAAGCCGCUGGGUUGGCCGCUGCUGUGGGAGGUUCUCUGGGGUUCGCGGGGGGGAGCCUGGUCCAGAAACACCGCAAAGGCCGAGUUGAGAUACAGAUGAAGCAACUGACGCCGCCACAGCCAGAAGAAGCAGAGUCCAGCAAAGACAAAUGAUGCGGCUUGUCCUCUGUCCUCAGCUGCUGGUUAAUCACUGAGGUUUCCCAUGUUUCCCAAUUAGAAGGAGAAGCCAAACUCAAAGAGAUUUCCGGUACCGAGCACCGUGGGGAAUCAGUGACACAUUUACAGCCUUGUUGAAGAUUUGGAUACUUUUAUGUUUGUGUGGAAUAGUGUUUCUACUUUUAUACACACAACAGAAUUUUUUUUAAAUUCUGAUCGCAGCAAAGCAGUGAUUUUUAAUUCCACUGUGAGUGAGGCCAAUCUGACAGAGCCUGACUCGGGUGUCAAUGCUUUAUUCUGACUCGUGCAGAUUGGAAGUGAGAGGGAGGUGAAGGGUUGGCCACUGAAACAUUUGUGUGACCGGGUACUUAUGCAGGAAAUAACCAUGUGUACAGCUCUACCACUGAGACUAUAUAAUACUAAUAAUGUGUAAAGAAAAUGUUUUUGACUAUCAUCUCUGUGGUGCUGCAUUUAUUCAUUAAUGUAAAUUUAAAGUUGCACUGCUUCAGAGUUUAUAUCAAUUAUUCUCCAUUUACACACAGACCUGUUGUUUUUGCACAAAAGGCACCUAUGGGCCACAGUCCAGUUCAGUGAGUCUAAGAACCUGCCAUGUAUUGAUUUCACCUCUGACGGUUUCCUGCCAAAUAAAACCUUUCAUUUCACCA